AAUUUUCAUUUAUUUAUUAUAAUAUACAUACAACUAAAAUUUACUUAAGAUUUAGGAAAGUAAUCAACAGAUGGGAUACUUGUAAUUAAUCAGCUGAGAAGUAAUCAUGGUGGUAUAAAAAUAUGUUAGAAAUUUAAAUGACAGUUUCCAACAGUUUCCAUAGUAACGUGUGAUAACAGAAACAUAUUAUCCAAAUAAUUUUGACUUAAAGUUGGUAACAUUUGAAACAUAACCUCACAUAAUUAACAGGUUUGAUUUUUAGGUUUUGACAGAAGUGUAAAUAAACUUGACUGAAAUAAUGUCGAUGGAACAUAAUGAAAAAUAUAUUUUUGAAGCUGAAUGGUACGACAAAAUAGCUUGUAUUUUAAAGAAAUUUUAUCUCUAUUAUUAUCCAUUUGAUAAUACUGUUGAAUUGUUUGAUAUAAAAACCAGAAAAACAUUUUUAAGAAGGACAAAAUGCGAAGGAAUUCAGGCAAAAGAUUUUUAUGUAGGUGCCACUGUAACAAUAUUUUCAAGAAGUAUAAGGAUAACAGAUUAUGCAGAUUCUACUACACGAACAAAAUUACAAACAAAAAUGCAAAAAACAUUUGCCAUAAUAAAACCUACUGUUGUUGAAAAACUAGGAGAAAUAUUGAAGUACAUAGUUGCCUCUCAUUUUCAUAUUGCCAAUAUUAAAAUGGUUAAAUUAACACAAGAACAGGCAACAGAUAUAUAUAAAGACAAAGAGGAAGCCAAUAUAGCGUAUAUAGUAAAUUAUCUCACUUCGGGUCCUAUUGUAGCUUUAGAACUAUUGGGUGAUCAUGCAAUUACACAUUGGCAAAAAUUAAUGGGACCAGAAGAUCCCAGUGAAGCUAUUGUAAAAGCUCCAUCCUCCCUUAGAGCAUGUUAUGGUAAAGAUAAUAUUCACAAUGCAGUGUAUGGUUCUGAUAGUGAGGAAGUGGCAGGAAAAGAACUACAAUGUUUCUUUCCUAGUCCAAAAACUAGUAAAAAAGGACCAGCAAAUACAGCAACAUUAGAGAAUUGUACUUGCUGUAUUAUUAAACCACAUGCUGUUCAAGCUAAAUUAACUGGAAAUAUUAUUGAUGAUGUGCAGAAAGCUGGUUAUACUAUCUCUGCUGUACAACAAUUUUGUGUCAACCCAUUUGACGCAGAAGAAUUUUUAGAAGUUUAUAAGGGAGUUCUUCCUGAUUAUGCGGCUAUGGUAGGGGAAUUACAAUCAGGACCAUGUAUUGUUAUGGAAAUAAAACAUAAGGAUGACAAAUAUGAUGUUCAAGGAGAAUUUAGAAAACUGUGUGGACCUAUGGAUCCAGAUAUUGCACGGCAAAUCAGGCCAGAUACUCUUCGAGCAAAGUAUGGGAAAACAAAAGUACAAAAUGCUGUACAUUGUUCUGACUUACCAGAAGAUGGAAUAUUAGAGGUAAAAUAGAUUUUCAAGUAUUAUUUUGCAUUUAUUAUAUUUUGUAUCGUAUUAAAUAUAUAAUUUAUAUAUGUAUAUUCAUUACAAUUUUACACAGGUGGAAUACUUUUUUAAGAUUCUUGACAACAGCUAGGUAUUUAAAAAAAAAAUAUGGUAUUACAUCAAAAAAUUAAUUCAUUUCUUAUCUUAUUUUUACCAAAUAUUUCAUAUAUAUUUAAAAAAAAUAUUACUACUCGUUACCUCUCAUAGACACCAUCCAAUUAUGAAUCAUUUAAAUUUUAUUGAGAAAUAAAAUCAAAUCAUACCAGUUGAAAUAAUAUUUGUAAUUAAGAUGUAUCAGAUGAAUUUUAUUAUACUUUUUUAUAAUAAAGGAUGCUAUAGCAGAUUUCCCGUUUAAAUUAUUCAUUAAAUAA